AUGCAAUUUGUUAAACCAAUCCUUGGAAAUGGCCACAGUGUGAGCUUUUGGUAUGAUGCUUGGACCCCUUUCGGAAGUCUUAUUAAUUUCUUAGGUCAGCACGCCCCCCGUCAGCUCCGAGUCCCUCUCCAUAGUACUGUGUCUGAAGCGUGUAGUUCAUCUGGUUGGAAUAUCGCCUCGCCGAGAUCAAACAGGGCUCUAGAACUUCAUACCUAUCUCACUACCAUCCCUUGCCCGACUUUCUCUGAGGUGCCUGAUUCAUACACGUGGUGUACAACUUCUAGGGAGGAGCCGAAGUUUAAUGCAUCAGAUACUUGGCAGGAUUUCCGGCCAAGGGAGCCGAUUCAGACUGCAUCAGACCUCAUAUGGUUCAAGGGAGCAAUUCCGAGAAACAGUUUCAACAUGUGGGUAGCCAACAUGAAUAGAUUACCAACUAGAGCAAGACUUGCUUCAUGGGGCCUUCCUGUCCCUACUGCUUGCUGCCUUUGCUCUGCCUAUAUGGAAACAAGAGAGCACUUGUUCUUGUCUUGUAGCUACAGUACUUCAGUUUGGGGGCUAUGCAUUGGGACGCUAAAUCCUCCAUCUAGGAUGUUUAGCACCUGGUCUGAGCUACUCUCCUGGAUCAGAGGCAAUUCUCCAUCGGCUCCUUCUUUGCUAAGGAAGUUAGCGGCUCAAUCCAUCUUAUAUCAUCUCUGGAAGCAAAGGAAUAAUGUCCUGCACAACCACAUUGUAUUACCGCCAGAAGCGAUCUUCAGAAUCAUAGAUAAGGAGAUGUGA